GCCAGCUCGGCGUCCUCGGGCAGGGAAAGGCUGCCCAUAAGGAGGGACCUUCCGCCUCUCUAAACCAAGGAUCCUGACCUACGGCGAGAAAGAACAACAAUGUUGCUCCAUUCGGUUCUUUGAGACAUGCGCCAGAAUGUAUGGAUUCAUAAAUACUUGCUUGAAGUCUCUGGUGGUUGAAAAAUAUGGUGAAGAAAUCUGGGAAAAAUUAAGAGUCCAAACUGGAGUGCAGGAUACCUUUUUGACUUUUGAAGUUUACAGAGAUGAGAUCACAAUGCAGCUAAUUGACAAGGCAUGCAAAAUGCUGGAUGUUCCUCCAGAUAUGGUCCUGAAGCAGUUUGGAGAAUAUUUCUUUGAAUUCUGUAAGAGGUCAGGUUAUGACCAUAUGCUGAGAACUCUGGGAGGAAAUCUUUAUGAAUUUAUAGAGAACUUGGAUGCACUGCAUAGCUACCUGAGUUUGUCUUACCAGGAAAUGAACGCCCCUUCAUUUAGGGUAGAAAAGAAUGAAGAUGGGUCAAUGCAUUUGCAUUAUUACUCAGACCGACGAGGCCUGUGUCAUAUAGUUCCAGGAAUCAUUGGUGCAGCAGCCUUGGAUUUUUUCAACAUUGAAAUUUCCAUGGAAAUAGUCAAUCAAACAGAAGAAGAAGAAAGAACAGGGAAAAAAGAGCACAUUGUGUUCCUUGUAACACAAAAACCUGUAUUUUCAUACAAAAAGAGAAGCAAGUUCUCUUCCUCUCCACAAUACCUUUCAAGUUCAGGAACGCAGGUAGAAAAACAGCUGAAUAAAGAGGACCUUGAAAGAGCCAUGAAUAAGAUCAGAGAUAAAACAAGUCUUCUUUCUACUUGUCCUGUUAAGAAAAGCCACUGGGAAACCAUCCGAGGAAUUGUGACAAUAGGAAAAGGACGUCUUCUGAGAGGAUUUGAUCCUGUCUAUCCUAAAAUGCUCUGGAUAGACCCAAAGACGUUCUGCAAUGGGCUUCCUUUCCAUAUUGUUUUUGAUGAAGAACUCAGAGUGAAGCAAGCCGGAGUCAGCAUUCAAAAGAUUGUGCCUGGCCUUCAAACCAUGGGAAUCCGCCUCAAUCAGUACUUCAGUAUUGUACGCCCUGAAGUGAAAUUCACCAUCUCCAGUGUUCAGAAAUUCAUCAACAGCCAAUUUGUUUUCCGGACCAAGAGGGAGAUGAUGCCAGAAUCCUGGAAGCAGCGUCCGAUGCUAGAGCUCAGAGGGCAGAUGAUCUGGAUGGAGUCUGUUCAGUGUAUGCUCUACCUUUGCUCCCCUCUGCUGCGCACGCUGCACGAGCUGGAAGAGAGGCACAUGCACAUCGCGGACAUCGCUCCCCAUGACGUCACCAGGGAUUUGAUCCUUCUCAACCAACAGCGGCUGGCUGAGAUGGAGCUCUCCAAUCAGCUGGAGAGGAAGAAAGAGGAGCUGCGCAUACUGUCAAAGCACCUGGAGGAAGAGAAGAAGAAAACGGAAGCCCUUCUGUACGCCAUGCUCCCCAAGCAUGUGGCCAACCAGCUCAAAGAAGGGAAACGAGUUGAGGCAGGCGAGUUCAAAGAGUGCACCAUAUUAUUCAGCGACGUCGUAACUUUUACCAACAUUUGUGCCCAGUGUGAACCUAUUCAGAUAGUCCUCAUGUUAAAUGCAAUGUACUUGCGAUUCGACAGGCUAACCACUGUGCAUGAUGUCUACAAGGUGGAAACUAUCGGGGAUGCCUACAUGGUGGUAGGAGGUGUUCCUGUACCUGUAUCAACGCAUGCUGAACGAGUUGCCAACUUUGCCCUGGGAAUGAUAGUAGCAGCCAAAGAUAUCAAGAAUCCAGUUUCUGGAAAUCCUAUUCAAAUUAGAGUUGGCAUCCACACAGGGCCUGUCCUCGCUGGGGUUGUUGGAGAAAAAAUGCCACGGUAUUGCUUAUUUGGAGACACAGUGAAUAUAGCAUCCCGGAUGGAGAGCCAUGGCGUACCAAGCAAAAUUCACCUGAGCUCCAGUGUUCAUCAAUGCUUAAAGGACAAGAAUUUUGAGCUGAUGGAAAGAGGAGAAAUUGACGUGAAAGGCAAAGGGAAAAUGCACACAUACUUCCUGGUCCGAAAUACAAUUGCAUCUGAGCAUGAGAUCAUGGGAAGGCCAGCUAGGGAUCCUGACCUUAGCCAGGAAUCUGCUCAAUUGUCUCAGGACUGUGGGGCUGAAGCAUUCCAAAACUCAUGUUUACAAGAUGCACAGCCAAGUUCAGACAAGGAGUCGAUUCCUAUCAUAGCAAUGAAGUAUGCAGAUAGUCCCAUUGAAGCACACACCAAUGUAAAAGGAAGAAAUGAAACAAGAAUGAAGGAUGUAGCAGGCAAACUGCAUGAUAUAGAAACCCAUGUAAGUCUCCAUGGUGACCAGCAGCCAAUCAAAGAUCCUUAUCAUCUUACGCAACGAAGAAGCAAGCCAGCAACAGAGGCACCGCGGAUCAGGAACGUCAGAUCCAAUUUCUGCAAUUUACUUUAAAAAAAAGCUCCUGAAUCUCAAAGUUGAAGAGUACAAGUGUGUUCUGUGAUGUUAUAUUUCGCCGUUGCUCUCUUGGAGUCUUGACUUUGCGUACAGUGGUACAGCAUGUGCUUUAAUAUUGACAUAUCCUGAAAUCACUGGUAGCAAUAAUGAAACAAACGCUGAGAUUUUACCACCGUGGUAUUGACUUGUCUCUUACGUGUAUGAACAUGACACAUCUAGUUGUGUGAGGCACAAUGGGUGCUGGUGUCAGCAUAUUUUAAAAUGUUUAUUAUCUUAUCCCAAAGUGUGUUUACCUUUCAGAAAAGCAUAGUUGGAUCAGUACAGCUGUGCAUUUGAG